UAGAAAGUGUCGUAGGCUGGGUUAGUUUCGUUUUCAUGCUUAGAGGGGAUGUGCGGUGUGACACAUUACUGUCCGGUUUGCGGGAUGUCCUGUAUCUGGUGAGCGCGUUAGUCUGGCCGGCGCCGUCUGCUUCUGCAUAUGGGAUAUGUUCAAGAUUCCUACGGCUGCCUUCUCUUGUGCCCGUUUCCUGUGUACAGCUGUGGGCGACGUGCAUAAUUCCCUCUCCAAAAUGUUUUAUGCUGUGAGAAGAGGGCGCAAUCCUGGUGUCUACAACACAUGGGAUGAAUGUAAGGCGCAAGUAGAUCGCUUCCCUUUGGCCAGAUACAAAAAAUUUGCUACAGAGAAUGAAGCCUGGGAAUUUGUGAGGGACACCCAGGAAGGUCCGUCGCAGAGCGCACAAGAUGUAAGUGCAACGCAGAGCUCUCCACCUAAGCCAUCAAAAUAUCAAGCAAAGCCAUCAUACCGUGCAAAGAGAGCUCUUUAUCCUCCUCAAAGCUCCUCAGGACCGGCGCAACCAGCCAAACGCGCCAAACUCAUUGAUAUUUGCUCCUUGCCAUCGUUGGACAACACAGCUUUUAACUGCAUGGGGGACUCCACUGUUGUGUACACUGAUGGCUGCUGUUCCCGGAAUGGACGAUUAAGAGCAAGGGCUGGCAUUGGUGUCUACUGGGGACCAAACCACGCGCUAAAUGUGUCCGAAAGGCUUGAAGGGAGGCAGACAAACCAAAGAGCUGAAAUACAGGCGGCUUGCAAAGCGAUAGAACAAGCAAAAGCCCAAAAUAUCACAAAACUUGUUCUUUAUACAGACAGUAUGUUUACUAUAAAUGGGAUCACUAAAUGGAUCCAUUCGUGGAAGACCAAUGGAUGGAAGCUGAGCACAGGCCAAAAUGUUAUAAACAGGGAAGACUUUGAAAGGCUUGACAGACUAAGAGAAGGCAUGGAUAUUAAAUGGAUGCAUAUACCUGGCCACGCUGGAUUUCAAGGAAAUGAAGCUGCCGACAGACUUGCUAGAGAAGGUGCUCAGAAGUCGCCCAUCAUUGAAUAGCUUCUUAAGAAGCCCCUCAAGACAUUCUGAACCAUACAAAGCAUUGGCUGAACAUUUUCAACCCAAUACUUACCCUGGUUUAUUGUAUCUGCUUGUUUUAAAUUUGCUAUAUAUAAUAUACCUUCAAACAACUGUAAAAGAAGCCUGUCUGAGUAUUCAAACAAAGAAAGCUCUACAAUGGUCGGUAUAUGCUUUAGGAAAAGAAAAAUCUUAAUGAUAAAAGGGUUUGUUUUUUUCCGUGAUGUUUCAUAACCGUGGAUGAUUGUUUAGUAAAAUAGAUCAUGGAUCUAUUUACUAAAUAGUCUUGUUUUUUUCCCCAUAUGGGAAUUGAUCAUUUGGGUUUACAAAGAGACCUAAGAACCUGAUUAUUUUGUGAUGGGUUUGCAACAAACCAUUUAAUCAGAACAUAU